UUGGUGGCGAAAGGGGGGAGGGAGUUGGAAACCCAGCAUGCGGGCAGCAUGGAAAGGGUGAGGGAGCAGCGGCCUUUCUGCUCGCUGUCCAAGAGCCAGAGGGACCGCGUGAGGGACUGCGAGAGAGACAGGGAGCGGGAGCGCCGCUACACCGCCUCCUCCACUGACCGCGAGGAGGGAGCCUGCCGCGUGCCCACUCAGAAGUCCUACAGCUCCAGCGAAACCCUGCAGGCGUUUGACCAUGACCCCUCACGGAUGCUGUUCGGAGGCCGAGUCAAGGAGAUGGUCCACAAAGAGACAGCAGAAUACACCAGGCCAGGGCAGACGUUUUCAUUGAGGCAACUGGGGAUUUGUGAGCCACCACCUCGCAGAGGCUUGGCUCUCUGCCCUGAGACGGGCCUGUCCCACCCACUCAGCAGCUACUCCAGAGGACCGGUCGCCACAGAAAACCAUGAACCUGUAUCACCGGAACGUACCAUGACUCUAUGGGGGACGGGGGCGAAGUCGGGGCAGAAUUCAUGCCUCUCCAGUCGCUCUAACUCAGCGCUUACACUCACUGACACAGAAAUGGACAAUAAAUCGGACACUGAGAUGGGUGAGUGGGGCACGUUUUUCAUUCCCUCUAUCUCCAAAUGCUUAUUUGUUUGCAGCCCAUGCUCCCGUUGCCUUUUCAAAGAGGAGGAAUUCUCAUGGAGAAAAAGCAGCAGUAGGCUGGAUUAG